AUGCUCAAUGAUGAUGAGAUAGAAAGAAUCCUCAAAAAAGAUUUAGUUAAGUAGCUAUAGGAUCUUAAGCGCAAGGACAUUGACAGGGCUGCCUUUUUCUAUGAAAUUAAAAGCCAUAAGGCUAAAAAUUAGUCUAAGAAUAGAAAAACUCUAGCCAAUAAGAGAAGAUUUUUCGAGUUAAUAGCUCAGAAAAAGCAGAUGAUGCAAUUCGAAGAUGGCUAGUUAAAAUCCUACAAUCAUAAAUUUGAAAAUGAUGAUCCUAACGACCCUGAUAAUAAUGAUGACUACCUGAAUGACGAUAUUGACCCAGAAGCACUGAAGAUGAGAGCAGAUUAUAACGGAGGAGGAGGCAAGUAAUCAGGGAGCUAAAACCCAGGUGGUGGAAUCAGUACUAGUGGCCUCAGGGGAACAGGCUUUAUGACAUAGAGAAUUGUAUCCAAGCAAAACAUGAAAAAAGAUGAAUUGUACGAACUAGAAAUGUCAAUGAAGAAAUUAGUCCCUGAUUCAAAGCUAAUUAAUAAGGUUUUGUAUAAAAGGGAAGAAAAACAAAGAGCUACACAGAAUAACGGAAGUGAAUUGCCAGAUCUGGAAAGUUUAAACCUGGGAUUGUCUACAAAGGCCUUAUAGAGUCACAGGGAUAAGCAUCGAGAAGUAGAAAAAUUUAUUUAAAAAAUAGAUCAAAGGCGCAGUCAAAAAACAAAUAGUAUUGCAAAGCCAUUGUUUAUCAAGAAACGCGAAGCUUAAGAGGAAAGGAAGCAGAAGAAGGAACAGAUUCAAAGGAUUGAGACUCUAAAGCAGCUUAUCGAGGAGAAAUUAAAACUUGAAAAGUAGGUACAACAAAAAGAGGACUAGAUAUCUAAGAUACCAUAAAUUUAGGGAUAAAAUUUCAAACCUCAUGCUUAAGACGAAAAAUCGAGUAUCGAAAAGUAACUAGAAGAGAUAAACUCUCAGAUAAUAGAACUAGCUUCGCCUAAACCAAAGCUGCAGCCUAAGGCUAAAUUCUAAUAGUAUUUAAGUGUUCCAUAGACCAGACAGGUGGAUGGCAAUAAUAUGGCAAUGAGUGUUCAGGCUCGUGACUCUAAUACUGGCUUUAUGAGUCAAAGACUUAAAGAUGCCCCUACUCAAAUAGAUGAACAGAUCGAUAAAUUAAACAUAAAUGAAGAGAUAGAAACACCCUCUGAGUCAAACAAAAGCAAAACUACCGUAAAUAAUAAAAAGCUUUUGAGUUCAUCUUCAAUGCCCUAGCUUGAACUUAAGAAUCUAAAGACUUAAAGCUUGCCAAGUGUAUCAAAUUACUAUGAGAUGAGUCAUAGAAGCAACUUUCAAAGAUAGUUAUAGCCUAUUAAUAUAGAAGAGCUCGAAUAAAAUCGCAAAAAUAGAGAAAUUACUCAGAAAAUGCUUCAAUAGCUGUCUCAAAGAAGAGAUUCAAAGAAUAACUCAAUAAGACCAGAGUAGAUUGUUGAAUAGACGUUUAGUCAAUUGCUCUAGUAAUAAAAGAACAGGAUUGAUGGUAGCCCUCGAUUAAGACAAAUAUUUGUGAAAAUGGAAUCAAUUUACAGUGUUAAUAAUAGUCCUAAGAGUUCAAUGAAAAGAGCAGAUUCAAUUCCAAAUAAGAAUAAAUACCUUCUUUCGCCUUAUCAAUCCCUAGACCUUUGGAAUUUCUUCGAGAAUGAGGAGAAAAAGAGGAAGAAUCAAAUCCAUGAUCUCAUGAAUAAUGGGCAGGACUUAGAUGAUUACAUGGAGGCUUAGAAAUAUAACAUGAUGGGAGACUCUGAAUAGGUGAAACACUUCAAAGAGUCAAAAGAGAUUUAUAAAGAACUUUAGGAAUUAGAAAAGAAAUAAAAAGAAGAGAUUUUUGGGAUUCGACAACUGAACAAUAGCGAGAAGGUUAAAAUACAGAGAGACUUCAUGCGAAGAAAUGCUGAUUAAGAGAUAGUAUUCAAUCGAAAUGAUUAAAGCAUCUCUCCCAAUAAACACAGGAAAAAUGAAUCUAAGAAUAGUAAUUAUCAUGGCAUCGUAAGUAACGGGCGAGGAAAGUAUUCUAAUUUAAGUCACAGGAAUGAAAUUGAUAGAAGUCACAAGCAAUGGGCUGCUCAUUUAGUAUAAUAGUGUAAGAACUAUCAUUAUGAUGAUCUAUGA